AUGCAUUAACAUAUUACACUUAAUUGUUAAAAUACUAAAAAGGGAUAUCUAAUAUAGAGAACAGGAAACAAACCUGGAAGUAGAUUUAAUGAUAGAUAAUCAUUUGCAUAAUAUGUAAAUUAAUUGUCAGAAACAUAACAAUAAUUCAAUCAAAUUAAAUAAACUCCAAGAAAAGAUUCAUAAUUUAAUAGUCAUCCUAAUCUUCCUAAAUUACAUUCUCCAGAUAUUAUGAGUAGACGUUUUGUUUUGAAUGUAGCUAAAUGUCCAAUCAAUCAUUAUUAAUCUCCCAUUUUUAGACCAAAUGGAAUUACAUAAUAAUAAUAGUUUUUUCAUCCUGUAUAAUCACCUAGACAUUAUUCUCUUGAAAUAAGAAAAUCAUUAAUUCCAUAAACUAAAUUAACACCUAUCUAAAAGAAUUCAAUUAUUAAUCUUAGUGGAAGAAGUGUUAGAGAUGAAGAUAUGAGUUUAUUUUAUUAUAAAAUUGGUGGAGAUGAGGUUGUAGAUUAAUUAAAUGAAGAGUUUUAUCAUUUUUCAAGUUAACAUGACAUGAUUAAAAGUAUUAUAUUAAAUUUUAUUGUUUUUUUAAGACAUUGAAGAUCAUGAAUAAUAUAAAGCUCAUUUUAAGAUAUUUUUAGAAUAUAUUAUGGGAAAACCAGUAUUUUAUAAUCUUGAAUAACUUAAAGAUAAACAUAAAAAUUUAGGACUUAAAAAUAAUGAUUUCAAUCAAUUUAAAAAUUAUCUUAUUGUAUAUUUUUGUCACUUAUCUAUUAGACAUGCUUUUUAAAAGUUAAUAAAACUUAACCAGAGCAUGUCUUUGAAUUUAGUUCUAUGAUUGAAUAAUAUAGAUACUGUAUAAUUAAUAGUGAUACUCCAUUUGCUAUUAUAUAUAACCAAAAAACUGAAAAAUUAAGCACAAAAGAAGUUCCAGAUACAAUUCUGUGUAUGGCUGAAAGUAGUUAUCAAAAGAUCUUUGCAGAUAAUACUUUGGCUCAUUACUUUAUAGGAAUUUCACUUUAAGAAUAAGCUAAAAAAUUAGGUAGAAUUUUACAUUAAAUGAUGGGUUGGGAUUAGACUUCUGAUUAAGUAUUAGUUGAUAUGAGAUAAUCUCAUAAAAGUAUGCAUUUAAAUAAUGUACAUUUUACAUUAUUUAAAUAACAUAUGAUUGAAUCCAUGAGAUAAUUACAUAUUUAAGAGAAAUAAAUAGAACUUGUUACUUCUAGAAUGGAUGGGUAUAGAAGUUACAUCAUUAAUUAAGAUUCUUUACUUGACUUUUACAGAGAUUAACCUACAUUACUUUAAGUCUAAUAGAAAAAGUAUGUUUAGUUACUUAGAAGAGAUCAUAGAAUGUAACAAUUUCCUUAAGAGGCAUUUAAUAGACAUGCAUAAUUCAUUCUUAGAUAUCUCACACAUUAACAUUUACCUACCCUUACUAAUAAUGAUCUAUGGACUAUUCAUUCUAAAUAUAAUAUAUCUAUUGAAUGGAUUGAAUCCUUUAAAGAUAAUUUCUUUCUCUUAAUUUAAAAUCUCAACUUAAAUCCUCUUGUUGUUUAAGAUUAUGAGGAUAUAUGGUUUAAAUUAAAAAGUAACCUUACUCAAUAAUAUUCAAUACAAAAGCAUAUUGGCAAAUAAAAAGUUGAAUCAAUACUUACUAAAGUUUAAUUUAAAAUGCAAGAUAAUGAAAAUUAUAAUGAAUAUUUUAAAAAUGGCAAUUACUAAAUGAGUUAACAUCUCUAAAGGAUUAUGACAUUCAUAUUUAAAGAUCAACAUUUAUAUAAAUCAAAUGAUUUAAAGGUUAUUCAUUAAUCACUUAAAAUCAAAGAAUCUACAUUUGAUUUAUUUGUUUUAUUUUUAAAAAAUGCUAUGAAAGAAGAAUAAAUCAAUCAUCAUUUAAUAAAAUAAGCCUAAGAAACUUGUGAAUUUUAUAAGAAAAGCAUAUGUAAUUGA